AUGAGUGGAGCCCUAUUUCGAGGGGCCGUGUGCCAAUCCUGUCGCCAUGAAGUGCUACGAUCUUUUAUUGCCGUAUCAGGUCUGCCGAUGCCGCGAUACACCUCUCAUUUGCGCUCCAGCUUGAAUGCCAGAGCUUUCUCCGCUCUAGCACCAAAGCGAUCUGAUCGUCCCCCUAUCUCGAAUCCCUCAGAUAUCAAUUUUUCGCCUCUAGAAUCGUCUUCAGAAUCGGCUCCAGAGACAAUCACAGAAAACGAGGACAAUGAGCCUGCAGAGUCACAGGUCCCUUGGUACCUGCAGGAAGAAGCGCCAACCAGAAAAGUCCGCCCAUUAAUCGGAGAUCACAUCCCAAAGAUCCCAGAGAACUCCCCAGCUAUGCUUCCGAACCUCAUGGAGUACACAUAUCAGGAUCUUGGCUUGGAUGAGCUGAAACUUUACGAUCUUCGCGGUCUUGACAUUCCGGCAGCCCUGGGCGCCAAUGUCAUUAUGAUCGUUGGUACCGCUCGCAGCGUGAAACACUUGAACGUUGCUGCCGAUCGCCUGUGCCGUUGGCUCCGCAGCACAUAUAAGCUUUCGCCGUAUGCUGAUGGAUUGCUGGGUCGCAAUGAGUUGAAGAUCAAGCUCCGUCGCAAGGCCAAACGCGCUCGUGCCGCUAGUCACGCGGGUACGAUGAUCGACGAAAAGGAUGACGGAAUUACCACCGGUUGGAUUUGUGUGAACAUGGGUGUAGUCGACAAGGAUGUUGCCAGUCCCCAGCUCAGCGAGGUUGGGUUUGAAGGAUUCGGUCAGCUUGAUACCGGAACAAGUGUGGUGGUUCAGAUUUUCACCGAGGAAAAGCGGGCUGAUGUGGAUCUGGAUGGUCUCUGGCAAGGGACUUUGGAUCGGGCUGAGCGCAAGAGACUUCAAGACGCUUCAGACCCUGUCCCCAAAACCGAUCCCUCAACCAAGAGCUCCCAGCGCGGAGGCAUGGGCACCCCUGGUGGUCAACGUCGAGGUAUGCAUACUGGGCGGCAAGACGAGGCAACCGCCAGCCAAGCUGAGGCCCUGGAAUAUCCGUCUACUGCCUCCAAGCCCCCUGGAUUUGGCAUGAGUACUGAGUCGUUGAUGCAGAAGCUACUCGGACUCCCCCACGAUAAUGCUCGCGGUGAGCUUGGAACUGGUCCUGAGGAUUACACAUCCACUCUUUUUCUGCAGCUUCUAUAUGCUAGCUUGCCAGCCGAAAUUUCCGCCAAAGAAAAAGCUAUUUUACGAUUGAGACUGCACUCAAUUGCGGUUUCUAGACAACACUCUGGCUACAGCAAGGACGUUCUGUUCAACGCAUUCAACAAGUUCCUUUCUAAUGGCAAUAAAAUUUCCGACGAGCUUGCAUUUGAUGUUGUCGCCGCCCUUUUGACCCCGCGCCUGGAACCUUCUUCCCAGACACCUGCCCAGUUCCUUCCUGAAGCCGACGUUGAGCUAGCUCUCCAGGUGCUGGAACGGCUGAGUCUGCGUGGUGUUCCCAUUCUUAAUAUGAAAGUGUUUAAUAUGUUAUAUGAGGCGGUCAACACUCCAGCUGCGCCAUUCUCAUCUCCUGAGGAAGUCGAACGAACUGCAAGCGACAAGCGUCAGAUGUUGACUCGUCUCUCUAAAAUUCUUGCCGAGGCAGAGGUGCCUUUUGAUGCGGUCGAGGCCCGCAAGCUUAUGUUCACCCUGUUCCGGUGUCAAGAUUACGACGGUUUCUGGCGCCUCUGGCGCCUGUUCCCUCUGAAGAACGCUACUCGUACACAGGCAGAUUAUGCCCAAUUGUUCCAACUUCAUGCGGAGCUUGGCGAGGAGCAACGGGCCCGCGACCUCCUGUCUGCAUGGGUACCUAUGAUGCGUCGGGAAAUGACUCCAAUAAUACUCCAGGGACCAAUUGUCAAUGCUAUCAUGCAUUGUAUCCUGGUGGCAGACCCGGAGAUUCAAUACCGAGCCGAGGACGGUUCCCCCAGCUACUUCAUGGACUUGUGGGCCCAGUGCCAACGAGCACUGGCUCAGGCAGAAGAAAUGAUGGAAGAGCAUUGA